AUGUUCGAGUAUCACGAUGCUCCUAUAGGAGGACAUCGUGGCCGGGAGAAAACACAUCUCACGGUGAGUCGAGACUUUUACUGGCCCCGCCAGUAUCAGUUUGUGCGAAAGUAUGUUCGCGCAUGCGAAGUCUGCCAACGAGUGAAGUCAAGUCCUUCACUGCGUGCACCAUUACAGCCUCUACCGGUUCCGGCUGAGUGCUGGGAAUCCAUCUCAAUGGAUUCCGUCUUCGGGUUACCCAAAGACGCACGCGGGAAUACGGGUAUUCUCGUAUUUGUUGACAGAUUUAGCAAAAUGGUACACCUUGUGGCUGUACCAGAGUCAAUCACGGCAAGUGGCUGUGCUUGUGUCUUUAUUGACACCAUCUUCCGACUUCAUGGGUUGCCCCGUGAACUCGUAUCAGACAGAGAUCCACGAUUCACUGCUGAUUUCUGGCGUUCCGUGUUCAAAUCGCUCGGAACGCGCUUGAAGAUGUCGACAUCUGAUCAUCCAGAGACAUAUGGUCAGACGGAACGUGCCAAUCGUGUCCUUGAAGAGAUACUUCGAGGAUACGUACACUCCUUUAAGAGUUGGAGUGAGUUUUUGACAAUGGUAGAGUUUGCCAUUAACAACUCGGUGCAUGCGUCCACGACACAUACACCGUUUUACGUGAAUGGCUUGCGCCAUCCGUGUGUACCCACCUUACUAGAGUGUAACUCUGGUUUAAGGGGGGGAGGGAAUCGCGCGAGCAAAAACCGAUUUGGCUCACGCUCAUCACGCUCUGACGAAGAGGUCAUUGCGUUUGAUGACGAUAUUGAUAACAUCGAUAUCGAAGAAGAUGAUGCCAGUGAGAGUGCGGAAGCCCUCACUGAAGAAGAUGAUGCCAGUGAGAGUGCGGAAGCCCUCACUGAAGAAAAGGUUGAUGUUGCUGCAGUGCGCUCACAGCGCACUGAAGCUAACGAGUCAUCAGAUGAGUUCAUACUGGCUCGUGAAAGGUAG